AAUGAACAGUGUUGCAUUUCCUCCUUUGAUUUAUGUGUGUCACUGGCGAUCACUGGCGUCAGCGAUACACGGUCGACAUGGCGACGGCGAUGAGAAACACCGUCUCCCCGAAACAGCUGAAGAUUAGUUAAGUUUAAUCAGAGACUGUUUAUAUUUCACACUAUGUGAUGAAUGCCGACAAUGUCAGAAUAUAUUGAAAAUCAUUGACGUUUGGGAAGUUCUUAAUUUUUUUCUGUGAUUCCAGUGGAAUCUGGAUUUUUCUUUCUUGUUUUUAAAAAAAACAAAAGGCAUACAGCUAAGAAGAUUUAUGUAGAUUAAUUUUGUUACAAUGCCUGUACAAGCACCACAGUGGACAGAGUUUCUGCUGUGCCCCAUAUGCACUCAAACUUUCGAGGACACCAUCCGUAAGCCCAUUAGCUUGGGCUGUGGCCACACUGUUUGCAAGAUGUGCCUGAAUAAGCUGCACCGCAAGGCAUGUCCAUUUGAUCAGACCACAAUCAACACUGACAUCGAGCAGCUCCCAGUCAACUCUGCUCUUCUACAGCUUGUCAGCGGACAAGUUCCCGUGCAACAGUCUGUUACCUUGUUGAUUGAUGCAGAAGAGACAAAGCACUAUCAUGAAGCCCGCAAGUGUGUAGAGGAGCUGGCGCUCUAUCUUAAACCCCUUAGCAGCACCAGAGUUGUGACUCUAAGCAGUGUAUCGCAGAGCAUGCUGAGCCGGCCCAUGCAGCGCAAGCUGGUCACCCUGGUGCACUGCCAGCUCGUCGAGGAGGAGGGUCGUGUAAGGGCCAUGAGGGCCGCCCGGUCCUUGGGGGAGCGCACUGUCACUGAGCUCAUCCUGCAGCAUCAGAACCCUCAGCAGCUCUCCUCUAACCUGUGGGCUGCAGUGCGGGCACGGGGUUGCCAGUUCCUGGGUCCGGCAAUGCAGGAAGAGGCUUUGAAGCUGGUCUUACUAGCACUUGAAGACGGUUCCGCUCUAUCCCGUAAAGUCCUCGUACUCUUUGUGGUGCAGAGACUGGAGCCCCGUUUCCCCCAGGCAUCUAAAACUAGUAUCGGACAUGUAGUGCAGCUUCUUUACCGGGCCUCUUGCUUUAAGGUGACAAAGCGAGACGAGGAUUCGUCUCUGAUGCAGCUCAAAGAAGAGUUCCGCACAUAUGAGGCCCUGAGACGAGAACAUGACUCCCAGAUUGUACAAAUUGCAAUGGAGGGGGGUCUGCGCAUCGCCCCUGACCAGUGGUCCUCUUUGCUUUAUGGGGAUCAGUCCCACAAAUCACACAUGCAGUCUAUCAUUGAUAAGCUGCAGACUCCAGCAUCAUUUGCGCAGAGUGUGCAGGAGCUGACCAUCGCCCUGCAGAGGACGGGGGACCCUGCAAACCUCAACCGAUUGAGACCUCAUCUAGAGCUUUUGGCCAACAUUGACCCUAGUCCAGAUGCUCCCCCACCCACCUGGGAUCAGCUGGAGAAGGGCCUGGUGGCAGUAAAGACAGUGGUCCAUGGCUUGGUAGAUUUCAUCCAGAACCACAGCAAGAAGGGCACUGAGCAGCAGCAGCCUCCACAACACAGCAAGUAUAAGACAUAUAUGUGCCGGGAUAUGAAGCAGAAAGGUGGCUGUCCCCGGGGUGCCAGCUGUACGUUUGCCCACUCUCAGGACGAGCUGGAGAAAUACCGGAAGAUGAACAAACGCCUGACAGCCCGCCGGCAGCUCAGCCAGUCCCUGACUCAGCUGAACGAAGUGGGCCACCCCUGUUCUCCUGGCCUGCUGCCUGAUGAUGGCAGUCUGGUAGACACUGUUGCCCACAAGGCCUCUUCGGUAACCAAUGGUAUUGUGGCUGCUGGAUCUGGCUCUUCCUUGAACCAGCUCAUUUCCCGUGGCACUGACUCAGCGUACGAUUCCACCCGAAAACCUGCAAAGCUGGACUCGGUGAGCCUUAGUGCUCCAGGAUCACCGCCUGACUCGCUGGACACCGUUCCGAAAUCUGUGAUGGCUGGGACUCCUCAUACAAUAUCCCAUGCCAGGAUACGUGACCACCCUAUGACGAAACAGAUGCCUUUGGUCCCCAGGGGACCCCAGAUAUACCCUCCACAGCAGCUUGACAUGUUCUACCCAGAGCCAAGGGCGCCUGUCUCAGUUUCGCAGUAUGAGUAUCCAGCAGGUAAUCCAUAUGGUUACCAGCCACCGCAGUUCGUCCAAGCCCGCUAUAUCCGCAAUCCUCCACCUCCUGCGGAUUCAGGCCUCCCCCCUUACCAGGACCCUUAUCAGAGCUACAGUACUGAGCGUCAGUACUCCAGCACGCAGGGCCCCCAAUUCCCUGCGGUGCCACAGCAAGUGUACCCUCCUCACUACGAUGGCCGUCGUCAUGCUGCCUAUGCGGCCCCUCCUCCUCCACUACAGCCCUUCCCUGCACAUGACGACUUGGUAAGAAUCAGCCCCGUUCCUGUUGAUGUAUCCCUGCAAGCUCCGCUUCCAGCAGCAGCAUCCCAGCAUCACUCGGAAUCCUCUCGGGACCGAUUCCCUCCUGAAGGCUACUGCCCUGCCGGUGCUCAACAUUCUCAGGCGAGAACCUACUCCAGGGAUUCUUACAGUCGGUCGCAGCAUAGUCUGGACUACCUUCACCGUAGACGCAAGGAGAUCAUGGCCCAGUUGGAGGAGAGAAAGGUCAUCUCUCCUCCACCAUUUGCUGCCUCACCGACACUGCCCCACACGUUCCCAGCCGAAACCCAGGAGUAUAUGGAGGACACCACCAAAGUCUUUGGGAAGGGAAGAGAGGCAGACUAUCUUGGCCAAUACUCUCCCUGGUCAUGUGACACCUUUGGCUCAUACAUCAGCUCAAAAGACGUCAAGUCCAAAGAUGUCAUGGCACCUGGGGCCAUGGAAAUGAUGAACACAGACAGCAAGUGCCUGAGGGAGCCACUCAUAGACGUGCAGCGCCGGGCAGCCGACGUUAAAGAUGACGACCCUAUCAUCCCCUUCGGACCACAGCCCACUGUGUCCCGCUUCGGCGCCAUCUCUCGCACCUCUAAAACUGGUUACCAAGCGGCUGGUCCAGUUCAGACUCUGGCGUCUGCGCAGGGCUCUGGCACCAAGCACAUCUCUGCUGGAACCUCAGCUGAGUACAAUGCCUACGGGAAUCAUGGAUGCUGGGGGGGGGCAGCUUAUGCUCUUCACCAAAACGCCAGUUCUCAGGGACGUUUCAAUGAACGGCUAUCCAUGCCGUCUGCUGACAGAGAGCAGCUGAAGAUGGAGCUCCAGCAGGUCAAUCAGCAGAUUAACCAGCAGACCCAGAUGCAUGGCAUGGUGGCUGCCAGCAACCUGAAGUUACUGCAGAAGGAGGGGGCUGUGCUGGCCCCCCAGGCAGCACAGGUCAAGUGGUCAGUGGGGGUCGUGUCCAGUGAGCAGCUUAGCUUGGAGCUUCACCAUGUGGAGAGGGAAAUCGGCAAAAGAACUCUGGAAAUCGCUAUGGAGAAUCAUUCACCGCGUGAGGUCCACUACAAGCUGAAACCCACAGAAAACGGUCUUCCAGACCACAAAGUCCAGCUGGAAGACCUCUCUCUGGCUCUCACUGAGACUUCUAAUGACUCCAGCAUGGCACAGGAUAGCAGUGUGGGAAGCAGUAUGCUGUCUCUGUCCAGCAAGACUUCUUCCCUCUGUCUUUCUGGAGACUUGGGUCCCAGCGGCCCUGACAUGCAGAAAAAUGGUGUGGUCCACUAGACAUGGCUCAUCAGAUUUACCACCAUUAUCUAUACCUGCACCAAGGGUGUGUGAACUGUAAACCCACCCUUCCUGUCAUAUGUAUCCAUGGCAGCACACAGGAUCUGUAUGCCCUCAUGGAUCAGCCGUUGUACUAAAGCAUUACAAACUUUACUGAAAUUUUAGCAUGGAUAUUUCAGGAUGCUUACCCUUUUUCAAUCUAAAUGAGACCGUUUUAGGUUUCCAGGUUGUCGUGAUUUAGUCAUAAUAAGGGCUAUGGCUAAAAUGAGAACAGCUUUCAAGAUUGACUAUUUGAUACAUUUUAUAAUUUCAGUUUAAGUGGUUAUGAAACGAUGUCUGCAAUUAUUGAGUCUGCUCACUUGCGGUCUUACUGUGGAGGCCUUCAGGAAGUAGUAGGGAAUUCUACUGACUUUGACAGUUGACCGUACAUUUUUCUUUUCCUGUGGAAAGAUCUUGUUAUUACUGAGAACUUGGUAGAAAUGCUAAGUUAUUCAGUAUCAUUGUUCUGUGUGCAUACAUUACAUUCCCAAAAGCUUAGACUGUUUCAACUGAAGGUUACAGACAAUCUCAAGUAAUUGUACUUCAAAGGAAAUUCAAUGCUGUUCUUAAAUGAGAGUCUUGGUGUAAGGUAGAAACCUUCUAAACCUGGCAAUUAGCCCAUUUAAGAUGUGUUUCAGCAGGGAAAUAGGCAAACUGUGUUGGAUUCUGGCCCUCCAGUACUGGAAUUUGAGAACCCUGAUAUAAAGUAUUAAAACUGAACUUUUACUAUCACUCUCUCAAGUUCUAUGUGACCAUCAGUUGAAUUUGCUUUGGUUGAAAUUUUAGAGUAAUCAGAUUUUUAGAUGUGUACUUGUUUUUAUAGGCAUGUACACAUUUACAAAGAUGUGUAACAAUUAAGCCAUAUCCAUAGUACAUAUAUUAGUUAAAGAUUUGGGAAAUUUUGUUGCUUUCCUGAAAUAUCACUAAUAUCCCCUCUUUAUUAGAAGUUACAUUUGUUUCCUCAUCCUUCAAGACAGGUGACUGCUUAGGUUUUGAACACCUCCAUUUUCCUUUUUAAAAGUUUCUCAGGAGUAUGAUAAGUCUGGUAUUGGCCUGCAUAAGUCAGAUUUGUUUUACACCUUAUUGAAAUUGAAAAAAAUUAUGGGGACUUAUAAUGCAAGCAUAUUAUCAUAUGUCUAGCGUGCUGUUCGUCUUGACCCUUUAGGUAAAUAGGGGAGAAAGGACCUGCUGUUUAUAUUAGCUUGUGAGGAGGCCUCAAUUUACAGUACUUGUAAUAGCUGAGCAUGUCCAGUGUUUAUUUUCCAUGAAAUAAGAAGCUUAUACCCAAUGCCUAAACUUGACCUUAAUCAGCAUAAUGAAAUGUAUCUUUUUCCCUGACAUAAUUGGUUGUUGUUUACUUAUCAAAUUGACAGGUUUUGAUAAAGCUUGACAUUAUUAAUUUGUGCAUACUUCCAAAGGUUAUGUUUUAGCAUGGAUUGUAGUAUUUUGACUUUGCAAGGGUUGUUUGUGUUGUUUGUAUUAGUGGUGGAUUUUAGGGUUUUGCUGGAGUGGAGGGAAGACUGUUUGUAUGUUGGCUAGCUGCUCCUCUGUUCACUGGUACAGAUGUUUAACUGAGCGUUAUCCAUUCUAAUGUUAAUUUUGUGUUUUGGAAAAGGUGCAUGAUUACUGCUUACUAACAGGUCAGUUGAGGCAUUACACAUUAGAGCUGGGCGAUAUCUAAAAAUGAAUAUGCAGGCGUAAUACCAAGUGGAGCAAAUGGAAAAAUGUGAAAGCUUGACAAAACAAAAUGAAUUGAUUGUGUGUGUGUGUGUGUGUGUGUGUGUGUGUGUGUGUGUGUGUGUGUGUGGCAGUGCUGGUUAGUGGUGGUGCUAGUCUUUGUUUUUUAAUCUCUUUGGAGAACUAUCGAUCAGUCAGCCGGAUUUAAUCAUAUUUUAAAAACAUGUUGCAGACCGUAUAAAAUCAUCUGAAGUAGUUGUUCACAAACUUGCGGUAAGCUUUAGCUGUGUUCCACCAUUGUAAUCGACAUUUACAUAUACUGAAACCUCGUAAGGUACUUAAGAGUUUUAAAAAUAACCUUUUUUAACAAAAGAAAUAAUACUAAUAAUUGCGUCGUAAACAAACUAAAAGGGUGAACUAAAAACCAGUUUAUAGAUCAUUUUUGUCUUGCUUUGUGUGUAACCUAAGGCUACUUCCCCAGCAAAUGUGAUAUUUCCAGUUAGUCACAAUCAAAUAUUGCACCAGGCUACUUGUCUGAUAUCAUUGCUUACACUGAUAAUAUCUUCAUAUUGCCCAGCCUUAUCCAAUUAACAUUGUUUUUGGUGUACUGUCUAGAAUACUACCUGCUCCUAUCAGUGUGUAAAAAACAUAUACUGGUAUGUCUGAAAAAGGAACAAUUCAGUCUAGCAUAUAUUGCCCUUGACUACUUUGGUGGGACAGUAUUCCAUUUUAUUCUGGAAUUUAAUCUGUCUGUAUGUGCAUAUAAUGUGUGUGUACACACAUUUAACAGUUACAAAAAUUAGCAUCUACUUUUCGUCUUUUGACCCAGAUUAAAGGAUUAUAAAUAAAAACAUAAAUCUAAUUAUUUGAGUUGUUCAUCUCAGCUUAGCAAAAAGCUAAAUUGUUAAAGAUUAAAAGAAUGUUUAAUAAAUUAUUCUCUGACAGUACAGCACCAUGCCCAAUACAACCAAAACAGUGUAAGGAACUGCACAGUGACCCAACAACGGAAUCCAAUUGGACAACCAAAGGCUCUGUAUGUGUGUGUAGGACCUUCCGAGUGCACUUGGAAAGUUACUUACCCUUUAAAGCAAAAUCUAACCAAAUCUAAAAACUUAUUUAGAAUCUUUUAGUCAUGACAUUUGUUAUUCAGAUUACUUCUGGGCUCUCCUUACUAAUGCUUAAUGUUCGUUCUUGGUGGUGGAGUUACACCGGAUUCGCCUUAGUCGAUAAGGUGAUCCACAGACCUGUUACGUAGAGCUCAGUUCAGAUGUUGAGGGGUCACUACAACUAAUACAAUGUCAACUUAAACGGCCAGUCAAGCGUGGCAAUUCACAUAGCUCCUCAGAGCUGGUAGUAACUAAGCUUGGGCAGUUGCACAAGGUCCUGGAGAGAAGAGAUCUACUGAGAACAUACUGAAGCAAAGUCAGGCAAAAGGGGAAUAACCAUUAUUCAUAUUACAAGAAGACAUACAUUCAACAAAAGAUACUCCAGCUGUGGGUGCACAGAAUAACUGGAAAAAGGGAUCUGGCUACAGAUGCAAACUCAUGCAGCAGUGUGUGGGAGCUCUGAUUGCUGAGUGUCUCCUAAAUAAAGGCUACACAUGAUGAGCAUGCUAAGAACACUUACCAUGUGGGAAGUUCUGGCUACUAAAUGACCUCCCGAUCGUCUCGUGGACCCUUACUUAUAUACCAGACCAAGCAAUGGGUUUUCUUUGAAGAUGGUGAUACACCAGUCUCUAACCAAAUGUUAUGGUUAUUGUUUUACUUAGAGAUAUUGGUUUAAGGUUGUGAUAUCUUUGUGAUCCCCUUCAGGGUAUACUGGUCAAUCGGAAUGUCAAUGGUGAGGUCAUUAGGGCCUUUUGUUGACUGGAUGGGGAAGCCUUCCAACAAGGCAAGGUUUUUCUAAUUCUCUAGGUCUUCGUAAUAUUAUGACAUAUUACUUUAAAACUGAUAUUAUAUCAGUCACAUUGAGACCAUUAAAAUGAGACCAAGCUUGAGUAUUUGUCUUGAUUACAUUAACAUCAGACAAUGCUUUCCUCAUUUUGGCUUUCUGUGUAACCAUUUGGGAGCAGUAAGGAGUGGGGGGAGACAGCAGGUUGGGUUUAUGAUCAGCGUUCUUGGGUCUGUUUCUUGUUCAGUGGGGGUUGAGGUGAGGUCGCUGAUAGGUUGGUCUGAUGGCCUUUUUCCAACCUCAUCGAAGCUGAGUUGACGGUUUCUCCCUGGAAGAAACAGUGCAGGCCCAAAGAAGUCCAGGGUCACAGAGUCCUAUGCCAGCAGCCUUAUGACAGUUACUGUCACCUAAAAUGGAAAACCUGGUUCUGCUGUUGGUGGUGGUAUUAAAAUUACACCAAUAUAAUCUUAAUAUUCUGAUUUGUAAGCUGAGUGAAUGCUAAUGGAAAUAGUUUCUUUUCUGUGCCAGGUGAUUAGCGUGCGCUUGGAGUGCUCUGGUCAGUUUGUCAAGUACAGGUCUUUAAAAAUCAUUUUAUUUUGUUUACCCCCCCUUUCUCUAACUUCCGUGAAGUUGAACCUCUGUGUAUUUGAAUGUAGUCUUUGUUUCUGGGGUCUCUGAGGAGACAGUGUCAGAGAUUUGAACUUGGCUGGUGGCCUGGGCUUUGUGUUUUAACACACCCUACUACAAGUUUUCAUUUUUAUUUCUUCAAUCAUGUAACUGAUUCGAGCUUAAGAUUUAAUUCACUAGCAGGUGCGCUAUUGCUGUGCUGGAAUUAAAAUGUGCAAUCCGUUAGACUAGAAUUGGGGAAAAAUAACACUGAGGAGCUGUUAUUACGCGUACUCCCUGGGGAACCACAGCUACAUGUUGAAUUCCAUCAUAAUAUUUCAGGUAAACUAACCCCCAAACUCUUGUUUUGGUUGAGUGAACAAAAUGCAUGGAAUCACUGGGCAUUACAGACAUCAGGUCUGGGAACCAUUAAACCAGGGUUCACAGAGCCGUAGUUAUAUCACCAAAAUAUACAGCUUAUAAAUGUAUAAGGUAAAAUAUACCUUUUGAGAUCUAUUAAAAAUAAAAUAAAAAAGUUUUUUAAAUUGUACUAAUCAGUCUUGCUUUAGACAGUUAUUUAACACAUGGAUUUCAUAAUUGCUAAAACCACUGCUAACACAUUUCCUGUGGUUAGCCUUGGCUAUUUGUUCCACUGAGUUGUUUUUCAGACUACAAAGUAAAAUCCAGGUUUCUUUGAUGUUAUCAAGUCCAUUGUGGGGUAGGAAUUUACUCUUAUCCUCACCAUACUUUCUGUUGUAUUUGGUAGUCAUUCACACAUUCUAAAUGGAAGUUAAUAGGUUAAUGCUUGGAGCUCCCUGAGGUUGUGUUAUUACUGACUGUUGUACAGUAUCUUCUUUAUGGUUCCAUAUUUAAUUGGGAAGCCAAGGGCUAGGACAACCUUCUCCAUAAAACAUGGUAGCUCAGUAUGUAGCGAUGUACAGAUUCCUAUUAAUGUGUAAAAUGGAUGUCUGAUUCGGUCUUUCUGAAUCCUGUUCUAUAGGCCAUUUACCAAGGCAUAUGUAAUGGAAAAAGUUUAAUUUUCCUGAAAUAUUACUUAAGUUCUUGACACCUCAUAACUAGCUAAUUUUUGUAUAUAUUUGUUGUGGGAGCUGGUGUGUUUGCUUGUAAUGCUUAUACAUUUUUAUUAGGAGGGAAGAUCGUAAUCAUAAGGACUGCAAUGAAACAUUUUGGUCUUUCACAGUUAGCCUGCAUUCCCUUGGGUUCCUUUCAUCUACUGUGACAAAAUAUUUUGAAUUCUCUCUUUUAGCUUUGAGUCCUGUAACACAAAUGGCUUAAGAAAAGUUCAUACCUUGAGAUAGUUGUUCAUUUGAUUUGCUUGAACCACAAACCAGCAUUUUUAUUCUGCUGAAAGUUACGUCAGCUGUUCAGUAGUUAAGGAUGUUGUGGUUAGUUUUGCCUCUGGUGUAUUGAUGUGCGUAAUUGGAUAAAUGGACUUAAUUUUUCCAUUACUGUAAGUGGCUAUAACUGUCACGUGAUACAUUUAUCUUUGCCUUGCUGAAUUAUUGCUUUUGUUGGUGUGUUUGUUAUGGACUAGUCAAAGAAGAACAGCAGGGAGGAGGAGAAAAAUGAACCUGGGGUACAGAGAGUAGUGUGUAGCGUUAUCAGGAUAAGCACUAGAAAGUUCUACACGCUGUCUCAUUCACAGGAGUGCUACACUCCUUCCCCUCUCAUUUUACUUCAAAUGGCUUUCGCAUUACUCUUCUCUGAGGAUUCAGAAACUAAUGUACAUUCUUGGUACAUUGUAUUGCAGGCGUGACCCUUUCUGAUAUUUGUUUGUAUUUUUAGACCAACAUUCUGGUCUCUCGAGACAGUCUACAGUAUUAAAGCACCAAUUUUGGUGCAGUUUCACUAAGUAUAAUCUGUGUAAUAUUGCAUUUAUUAUUAUCAUUGUUGCAGGUAUUGUUGUUAAUGCUUGGGAAAGAGCUAUUUACAUUUUAAGCAAUCGUCAAGAUUGGAUAUUAAAGAGCCCUGCUGAGACGCACAGAUGUAGAGAAUGAGACACCGGUUGCAUCUUUAGGAUUAUAUAUUUUUUUAAAUUAACAUUAAACAAUUAGACUACAUUAAACUAGUUGGAAGAACUGUUGGCAGACAUCACUAGUAAAUGUCAAAGUAAAUUAAUUGGCUGGCAACUAAAGAAUAGAACUGUAACUGCCUGUAUGAGUUUGGCUUUGUAGAAAAUCAUUUUGAAAGUCCUUCACAAUGCAACCGUUUAUAUUCUUUUUGAGAUGACUAUGAUGUUUGAAGUCCACCUAUUAGGUUGUGUCCAAUUUUUGAAGAAGUUGCCAGUAUAAUAGCAAGAGAGCUUAAAUUUGUGUGUGCAUGUUUGUGUGUGCGCACACUUUUUUUUAAAGACAUUUUCCAAGUUUGUGUGUAAAUUGUUAAUUAGUCUAUGGUGGACUGCCUCUUUCCCUUUAUGGAUUUACAGAAAUUCAAUCACUGAUCUUCAUCCAUUGCUGUUAAAUUCCAUUUUUUGAUGUGCCUUUCAGCAGGCUCUUAACUCUUUUUUAAUGUUUGGGUGCAUACACUUGUGUAUAUUUAGUACUGUAAUGUGCAACUGCUAAUCCACUUGCUCUGAGUCAGCAUUUAUAUUAAAUGGUCUCUACAAAUCAGUAAUGCAAGAUCUCUCAACUGGUUGCCCAUGCAGAGCCGAGCAACUCUUAUCCUUUCUGAGACAAAGGAGUUCAGUGCCAGAAUGUGUAACAUUUGUGUACCUAACCAUUAUAAAAUGUCUGUUUUCAAACACACUUCAGAAGGCAUAUAAAAAAAUGCUUCUUCAUACAAGAUAUUAGUUUGUCUCAGUAUUUCUCACAGUGUGACUGCAGAGAUGAAACAGGUAAAAAAUUUUAAAGCCACUAUCCAAUGUAAGAGAGAAUUUUAACCCCUCCCCCCCAAGCAUUUAAUCUCCCUCCAUCCCUUAUAAAUGUAAAAAAAAAAAGUAAGCAUUUAGUAAGCACAGCAGUAAUGUCUGUCUGACAGAUGCACUGGCCCACAGCAAUGCUUAAAUUGAAAAACAUUUCUUUUAAAACUAAGGUUUUGCUUUUCCAGUCAAAAUCUAAUAAAGACGCCAUAAUUUGACCUUAAGUAGAACUACAUUAAUUUUGUUUAGUUAUAGUAUUGCUGGUUUUAUAUGGGUAAUAUCCUGCAAAUCUUAGCAAGUAUAAGCAAAACUGAACCAAUAAUUGCAGUGUUAUUGCCCUGGGUGCAAAGCAUCUUAUUUUCACACAUUGAACUAAUAAAUCACACAACAUAUGCUGUCUGUCAGUGAAAAGCGUUGUGAUCAACCAGUUGCUUGUUUGUAAUUUUAGUGAAUUAUUGGGAAAAAAUAGUGGUGAGAUCACUGUGAGUUUGGAGUGUUUACAAAGGAGAUAUCAGAUUGGCCAUUUGCACGCAAAUACAAAAAAGUAGCAAAAAGAAACUUUCACACACUAGCAGUAGUUUUACCUUGUAGCUUUAGGAUUUUGACGAGUGUUGGUUCUGUGAAUAUGUGUGCACUAAUGGAAAUAUCUCUUACCUUCUGUCACUUUCCUUGGUCACUUUGAGUGCUCUCAAUAACUAGAGUAACUAAAUCCAUAGAAACAUGAUUGGGCUGAUGUUGGUAUUUUUCUAUUUUUUAUUAAUUUUUUUUAAGUCCUCACUUUGGGAAAUGUAAUUGCUUUUGAUUACUUCCAAGUUGUCUUGUAAAAGAAUGUUUAAACUGAGGUACAGAUUUAACUUCAAGAAAAAGACGUUUUUAUAUUAUACUCCAUUAAGGAAUGUUUAGAAUUCUUUCUCCGAUGUGGAUGUAGCCGUUAUGUCUUUUAUUUUUUCUUUGUAAAGGAAUUCACUGUGUGAAAAUUGGUUUGCAUUUUGUAUUAUACAAAUCUGCUUUUUGUUUCCUGUAAUGGGGGAAAUUAACUGGAAGUUUGCAAAAAGAAAAAAAAAACCUGUGAAACAUUGUAACUUAUGUACAACAGUGAUUCUUUACUGGCAGGGACUGUGAUUAAAUAAUAUUGGGUAUUGUU